CUUUUUUUGCUUCCUCUCUGUGUCAUUCUGUCAGCAUAGCAUGUACACGUCGAAGUGAGACGGCAUCAUGGCACACUCCGGAAUAUUUACAGUAAAUAGCCUUCCAUCAGGUAAGACGCCCUUAUCAACACUGAUGACACACCGCACAAACACACACACAUGCUCCCACCUUACACACACUUCACAAAUCAGCAACCAAAAAAGCUCUUCAACUCAUCUGUGUGGACUUUUGAAGAUGCGUAAACGUCUGAUCCAAGUGUUCGGCUUCCUGAUUUCCACGCUGGGCUGGCUCUUUGUGCUGUGUACCAUGGCUAUGGACUUCUGGAGGAUCAGCCAGAUCGGCGGCCAGGGCGGCUCGUUCAUCAUCAAGGUAGCCUGGUACUGGUCCAAUUUGUGGAAGGACUGCUUCACCGACUCCACGGCCGUCACCAACUGUAGAGACUUCCCUGUGCUCUGGAGUGUCACGCCGUACGUCCAGGGGGUGCGAGGCUUGCUGAUGUGCGGCCUGACUUUGGGCUUCUUCGCCGCCGUCUUGUGCUUCCUGGGCAUGGAGUGCACCUACCUCGGCGGAGACGAGCUGAGUAAGGACAAGAUGCUUUUCGCCGGUGCGGUCUUUCACUUUGCGGGUGGAGUGUCUGAUAUUGCGGCCUACUGCUUAUACAUCAACAGAGUUGCCAGGAACACCUUUGCUGUCAACUUAGCACCUGGACUCUUACGGUACGACUUAGGCCCGCCCAUAUUUCUCGGAUUGGUCGGAAGUUUUUUGAUCCUUUUAGGAGCUCUCUUUUAUGCAGCCACUGUGUUAAGAGUACUCCUAUCUAAAAGUCAAGUUGUCUAUACCUACGGUGGGGGCACAUACAUGGACCCUCGCACACGAGGAAGAAGCAUGUACACCGGCUAUUACAGAUCCAACAGGCUUUAUGGAACUUAUUACGGCUCGAGGAGAUCCAGCGGCUCCAAAAUAGCCAAACUCUCUGCGACAACACCAGAGAGGUUUUCUGAAAGGGAUGCCUUUGUGUAAUGUCUGUAAAUGGAUUUGUUGUGUAUGAAUUUUUCAGGUCACAUUGAAAGACAACAAGUCUUAUUAUGCGAAGAAAAAUGUUCAUGUUGGGAGAAAAAAUAUCUAUAAAGAGAUUAUGAAAUAUAUAUAAACAUAUAAAAAGUACAUAAUAUAUAAAAAUGUCUUGAUUGAAGUUCAUUGCUGCAAUUAAGUUGCUGUUAUUUUUAUUUUUAAUUAUUUUUAGUUAUGUUAUUAAUUAUUUUAUGCUGUUGAUGAAAUGAUCUAACAUUGUAAAAAACAAUUAUUCUCAUUUGCCCUUCACUGGCCAUAUAUAAAAGUGAUAAAAAAUAUUAUUACUAUUUUUAAUUAUUUUUAGUUAUGUUAUUAAUUAUUUUAUGCUGUUGGUGAAAUGAUCUAACAUUGUAAGAAAAACAAUUAUUCUUGUUUACCCUUCACUGGCCAUACAUAAAAGUGAUAAAAAAAGAAUAUUUAAAAAUCAUCAACAAACUCUUUAUGCAAUUAAACAGAUCGUUUUACCUCAA